AUGAAGAAGUAUGUCUGGGAUAUUGCAUGGAGCUACAAUGAGAAGGAUUUUGAAGCAAACAUGAUCAAGCUUAAAAACUACAGUGAGAUUGUCUGGCGUGAUGUUGUAAAGUCGAAACCAAGAAAUUGGUGCAGGGCGUUCUACAAGCAAGGAAACUUCUGUGAAGAUGUUGAGAAUAACUCAGUCGAGUCAUUCAACAACUCCAUUUUGAAAGCCAGGAACAAAGCAUUUGUGCCAAUGCUUGAGACCAUAAGGAGACUUGCGAUGGUCAGGAUUGCCAGGAGAUCUGCCGAGUCUCAUGAUCACAAUGGGAGAUGCACGCCAUAUGUGUCUAAGUUCCUUGCCAAAGAAUUUGAAAAAGCUUCCGAAUGUCAGAUAAGAAGGAGCACAAACGACAGUUACGAAGCUACACUUAGUGGAAUUUCUCAUCGGGUAAGCUUGACUGAGAGGACUUGCACUUGUCAAAAAUGGAAAAUCUGUGGCAUUCCUUGUGAGCAUGCUUAUGGAGUCAUUAUUGAUAGGAAGUUUGAGGUUGAAGACUAUGUGUGUUUCUGGUUUCGGACACCUAUGUGGAGGAGGAACUACACAGAAGGCCUUGUUCCACAAAGAGGACCUGCUUAUUGGCCAUCUACUAACUUCCCUAAUGUGCAUAGACUACCAUCACCCCCGCAGCCUAGGAGGAAGAAAGGAAAGGAGAAUAAGAAGGACAAAAAGAGGAAAAAAAGACCAAAUGAGUCUCCUUCGAAAAAAACACCUAAAAAGUUGAAAAGGAUAAUGCAUUGUGGUAUGUGUGGUGAAGCUGGUCACAAUUCUAGGUUUCACUCGAAGAAGAAGUCUUCUAAACAGACAUUUGAACUUGCUCAAGGCACUCAAGGCACUCAAGUGGAACCGUCUCAAGGAGUUAUGAUGUCUCAAAGAUGA